UGGCGGCGUGUUGUCACGCUUGUCGCCAGUAGUAGUCUUACGCGUCGCCGCGUGACGAAACAAGGUGUGAUAACUCUUUAUAAACGGAUCCGGCAAUGAUUCGCAAUCUUUGCCGAGCAGCAUCGCUGAUAAUCCGACAGGGAAACGGAACGCACGCGAAACAUACCAUGGCUGACGUCCUAACGGAACGCGUGCCCUUCUCAAGGGAUUUUUUGUUUCGUCAGUUCUUCGAUCCAAUAUCCAGUACGUAUACAUAUCUGCUGGCUGAUAUCAACGAUAAGGAAGCGAUUUUAAUCGAUCCAGUCAUCGAAUGGGCCGAACGUGACCAAAAAAUUAUCGAGGAACUAGGAUUAAUGUUAAAAUACGCUCUGAACACGCACAUGCACGCGGAUCACAUUACCGGAACGGGCCGACUGAAGUCCCUGUUGCCCGGCUGCAAGUCCAUGAUAUCACGCAGCAGUGGUGCCGAGGCGGACGUACUCCUGGAGCCGUACGAUCAAGUUCAAUUUGGCAGACAUCAACUGAAAGUGCUGCCUACCCCGGGUCAUACCGAAGGUUGCGUCACGUAUGUUUGCGAUGAGCAGGCAAUCGCGUUCACGGGUGAUGCACUCUUGAUACGGGGAUGCGGCAGAACUGAUUUUCAGGGCGGAUCCGCUGCAACAUUGUACAAAUCCGUUCACGAGAAGAUCUUCACGCUACCGCGAAAUUACCGGCUAUACCCCGCACACGAUUAUAACGGCAGGACCGUCACCACCGUGGCAGAGGAGAAAGCCCUUAAUCCCAGAUUGUCCAAGUCGCUGAAGGAGUUCAUCGACAUUAUGAACAACCUUAACCUGCCUUAUCCCAAGAUGAUCGAUAAAGCUGUACCGGCCAACAAAGUUUGCGGUCUAUACGAGGUUGAAGAAGAAAAGGACGAACAAUGAAAAUUGUCGACAGCAUUGUAGCCAAUGUACUAGCACGCCACUAUUGUAAUUUUGCUCACUCUCUAUUAAUAAUGCACAGUAUUCUGAGAGUUAAUGUUCAUAUGUCACGCGCGAAUAGUAUGAUCAUUCCAGAUUUUAUCUAAUUUCGUUAUCGAGAUUAUUAACACUGAAUGAGGAAUAAUCAUAUAUCUAAGUAUUCGGGUGUAACAUAAAGCGAUGUGAAUAUUACAAAUUACAAAUACAGUAAUUUUUAAUAUAUAAUUUACAGGUA